CCUGUCUUCCCGAACGUGCGCUUUUCUGUCUUCUUCCGAGCUGAUUGACCCUUUUCAGCCCCCGUAGGCAGUGGGUCCAAAGUACCGGUCAAAAUGGAAGUGAAUCCCCCCAAACAGGAGCACCUGCUGGCCCUGAAAGCUAGGAUUUGAAAGAACCUGCAUUAUGGCUCAGGCAACUUUGGGCCCGAUUAGGAAACCUAACUUACAGAUCCUGGUAGGCUCCAUUCUUGAGCCUGUGUACUGUAUGCUGGAACUUCUUAUUGAUGACUUAAUUUGGGGCAACUUGAAGACGUCUGUGUUCUAAGAGGAAAAAAAGUCCUGUUUCCCUCUGAUUUGGAAAGAGAGAGAGUCUUGUAAUUAUAAAUUGCAUUCUAGCUCUGAGGAGCUCAGCUAAGAAAUAGUCUCUUCAUUAAGAGUAACUGGAUUACUGCAGAAUGACUACAGAAGUAAUAUUACAUUAUCGACCAUAUGAGAGUGAAACCACACAACUGCCAAAAAUUGCAGAGAAAGCAAUUCAAGACUUUCCUACACGUCCACUAUCAAGAUUUAUUCCUUGGUUUCCUCAUGAUGGGUCCAGACUUCCACUCAAACCUAAAAGAUUACCACCUGUGAUUUCUGACGAGGCAACUGAAGAUGUAAGACAGUACUUAACCAUUUCAGAACAUGAUAUUAAAUUGCAGAGUUAUGAUUGCACAGUAGAUCUACUGGAGUUUCAACCUAAUUUGAAAAAAAAGAAGCACUUAAUCCGAUCACAUACACUGAAUGAACAGACUAAUUCUGGAAGUCUGGAUAAACAAUCAGAAAAAAGAAAACGGCACAAGAAGAGGUGUUGGAGUGUUUCACUUCCCAGCAGUAAUUGUACUGAAAACAUUUUUCCUUUGUCUGAAAAAUUGCAAGAUAGUUUAAAGGCACUAAAUUUGCACUCAUUUUAUAGAGCAAGAUGGACAAUAGAGCACACUAUUUGUAACAACCAAACUCUGGAAGACAUUUGGGAAAAACUCAAUCGAAUUAUCAGGUGCAAUGAACUUCCAUCUUGUAAUGCUACCAUUCAGAGACAUUUAGGCCAGAUAUGGGUGUUCUGUGAUGUUAUGUACUGUGAAUAUGUGGGAAGUCUUCUUAAAGGAAGAUUAGCUCUUACUGGGAAGAUUAACUUAUUUGUGCAUAAAUAUGGUCUUAUUUUUAGUAUGUAAUGAAUACCACUAAUUGUCAAAAAGAAAAAUAUUCUGAAUGAACUGAGUAGGAACUGAAACAAAUGAAUAAAUGUUUAAUUGUGUGGUAAUAUAUGUACAGUUUGUAUCCCAGAAAUAAAUAUCAGGUGAAUUCCUAGGCUUGUCACUUAAGUCAGGAACUUUCUGCGUUCUACUUUGAGCAGCCUUCUUUUAAAUGAAUUGUGAUAAAUUAUUAUUUUUACUGAAUUUAAAGGUAAAAUGUUCUAUUCCUUUUGUUCUCUUACUCACCCAGUGGUUGAAUUAGAUAUUCCUAUGAAUUACAGUGACUAGUUUGGAUUUUGGUAAAUCCCCAAAAUCUAAUUUGACAGUAUUUUUUCUUUACUCACCUAAAGUGUAAUGAUUUUUUUAAAAAUAAAACUAAAACCAGUUCUGUUGGGAAUGGUAUUCAAGUGCCAUGAAUGUGGUAUUCAAGUUGAGAGACCAGCCCAGAUUCUGCUGAUAUUUCCAAAGAUACGUAAUAGACAAUAGUUGAUGUGUUGUUCUGAAACAAAAGUAUAAAAUGUAUAAUUUGUCUAAGACCCUAAUAUAUCUUUAAGGCAAUAAGCUCUUUUGAAGUAAAGUAUCAA